GCCGGCCGCUGCGGCACUCGCUCGCGCGCGCCCGCAUCGAUCGCUCGUGUCCCGCGCAGCUCAGCAGCUCCCGUCAGUGUCCAGCCGCCGCCGCCGCUCGGUCCCAACAAACAGUUUGCUACGGUGAGACCGAACAGAAGUGAGCGCUACUCGCUAACACAAGCAUGAGGAACACCUUGUACAUAGUGGCGCUGUGCGCUCUGCUCAGCGUGCAGGCGGCGCCCGCGCCGGAGCCCGCCGCGCAGCCCGACCCGCAGCCCGACCCGCAGCCCGACCCGCAGCCCGCCGCGCAGCCCGACCCACAGCCCGACCCCGCCGGCGACGACCGCCCCGAAAUCAUCGAGAUCAUCGCGCCCGCUGCCAGCGCGCAGGAAACCCUGGCGACGUUGAACCUCGGCGCGCCCGGCUCCGAGCUCAGCGAGAGGAACAAGAGAACUAUUGGAAUCCUCCGACAGCUGUUCCCUUCUCUGACGCAGAUAAUCGAACAGAAGGUACAGCAACUAACGAGCAUGGUGCUGCAAACGUUCGGGCCCGUGGUGCUGCGCCUGUUCCUCGGGAACCGGAACGGCGGCGGCAACACCGGCGGCGGCACCGUCGAGCUAGACGACGACGACGACGAUGACGAUGAUGACGACGAGCCCACCAGCAGCACCAGCGCGCCCGCGUCCACCAGCACCGCCGGCGCCAGGCGGCGGCGCGCGCUCUACUUCCUGCCGAACGCGAUCGCGGAGGAGAGCCAGCUGCUGUCGGGCGCCGAGUCGCAGCAGGCGGAGGUGCGCGUCGCGUUCGGCGAGGGCGACCAGCAGCCCGCCGCCAGCGAUGACCAGCAGACCGCCGCGCAGACCAACCAGGCCAGCAUCGACGAGAUCACGCUCGACGACGCUGACAACAGCGAAGAAAACAGAAAUAAGAGGUUCCUGAGCUUCGGCGGCGCCGGCGGCGGCUCCGGCGGCGGCUCCGGCAACUUCCUCUUCGACAUCGUCAGGCUGGUGGCCGGCUCCUCGUCCGGCUCGUCGGGCGGCGACGCGGGCGCCGGCGCUGAUGGCGACGACGCGGGCGCCGCCAAGGGUGACAACCUGACGGAGGGCGUGCCCGGCCCCAUCACGAGGCUGUUCAUCAUCGCCAACCGCGGCAUCGCCAACCUCAUCCAGGACCUCAUCCUGCGUAUCGCGCAGACCUCCGAGAGAAUAGUUAACUUCAAGGCGCGACUGAUCACCUCCAUUAUUUAAUGCGCCUGCGUGUAGAACAAUAUCCUAGUUAGGUAGUAGUGUAGAGGCCAGCGGCCAGAAGCCGCGAGUGCGCGCGCGGCGUGACGCACGAGGCGCUGCGGCACGCCGCGAGCCGCUGCGACACGCCUGCGGCACGCCGGCGGCACGUCUGCGGCACGCCGGCGGCACGUCUGCGGUGCGCCGGCGGGGCGCGCACGGGGCGGCGGCGUGGCGCGGCCCGAGGACCGCCCGGCGCCGCCGCCGUUCCUGCUCAAGCUUUUUUUUAUACCGCGAUAUUCUCGAUUCGUUUUUACGUUUGUAAAUAUGUAUUAUAGCGGAAUUUGUAUAAAAUAAAUAAAUAGUUAAAUUAUUAUUA